AGUAGAAUUCAGAAGAGAGGACCAAGACUCGGUUUCUAUCAGCAAAAGUCAUCAACGAAUUAAGGAAAGAAAGCCAAGGCCAAAAUUAUGAAGAUGCUUAAUCAGGAGAGGUACUUUGUGAUGAUCCUUGUUUUAUUAUUUCAUUGUUUAUGUGUUAAUGGAAAGCAUUUUGUGUUGGUCCAUGGAGCCCUUCAUGGUGCAUGGUGUUGGCAUAAGGUUGCCACUCACUUGAAAUCAAGUGGUCAUGAUGUGACAACUCUAGACAUGGCUGCUUCUGGUAUCAAUCCAAGGAAGAGGGAAGAGGUUGAUUCAGUUGCAAAGUACCAUGAGCCUUUGAUGUCAUUCAUGGCAUCUCUUCCUCCAAAGGAAAAGGUCAUUUUGGUUGGUCAUAGUCUUGGUGGUCUAUCAGUUUCUAUUGCCAUGGAAAAUUAUCCUGAAAAAAUCUCUGUUGCAGUUUUUGCCACUGCAGUUGUUGUCACUCAAAAACUCACCUACAUAGCUUAUAAUCAAGAGCUAACAAGAAGAUUGGGUUUCAAUAUUGCAGAUCAACAAUAUUUCAUAUUGAAUGGGACUAACAGUUACAGAGCUCCGAUCCUCUCAUCACUUGGAGUCGAAUUUUUAACUAACCUGUACAAAUUAUCACCACCUGAGGAUUUGACACUUGCAUUUUCCUUGGUGAGGCCUUUACCUCCUUUUUCGAGCAAUGUUAAAUUGUUGAAGGAACAAACAGCAGUUACCAAUUACAAGAAUGGAAGGGUUCCUAAAAUCUUCAUCAUCAGUGGAAAAGAUAGUUCACUCACAGAGGACUUUCAAAGAUGGACAAUUGAAAACACUGGUCCAUACGCUGAGGUGAAAGUGAUAAAGGAUUCAGAUCACAUGGUCAUGUCUUCCGAACCAAAAGAGCUUAGCUAUGAACUAAUAAAGAUUGCUUACAAAUAUUAAUCUUUAAAUGCUUAUGUACUGCACAAUAAAUAAAACAUGUUUAUGUAUCAUGUAUCUUAAAAACACUCGAUAACUUUUAAUCAUCGUUAUAAUAAUAAAAUAAGUGUAUGCUUCCAUAGUGUGGAGAGCUUUUGUAA